GACUGACGUGCAACUUGCUGACGGAAAACUUCAUCACGUGUGUGUCACAUGGAAGUCAUCAAGCGGCCAAUUUAAAGUGUACAAAGAUGGUGCUUUGGUCAAAACAAUUGAUAACGUCAAGAGUGGCGAAAAAUUUAACGCCGGUGGAACAUGGGUGAUUGGUCAAGACCAGGAUUCUGUGGGAGGUGGUUUCCAAAUUGUAGAUUCCUACAAGGGUAUCUUGACCGAAGUCAAUAUUUGGAGUAAAAUUCUUGGUUCCGGUGAAAUCCAACGUUUCGCAAACGACUGUGGUUUGCCGAUGCAAGGAAACUACAAGGCUUACAGCAAUUUUACAAUCUCCAAAGCUACUGGAUUGAUUAAACCGUCAUGCUGUUCCUAG